AUGUAUCAUCAUCAGCCUUUUUCCUCUCAUCAACCUCAGCCCAUCCUCCCAACUACUCCUCUGCGAAGUAGCCUUUACCAGACUCACCCUGCAAUAGUUCUUGACUCCAGAUUUGAUCGUUUCGAUGAGCUUCAAAAUGAUGACAUAUAUGUAUCUGACGAUUGGUGUUUUGUUUGCUCGUCUCAAACCAAAUUGAAAACCAUUUGUAAACGGGAUUUCACAGAUCCUUUGGGUGGUUAUCCUGACGGUGUAAACCUACUCAAGAAUGACACUUGGGUUCCAAACCACAGUAUCUUCUCGUCGAACACCGGUCAAAGAAAGCCGACUGGUCUCUUGGGAGUUCACGACGAUUGGCCGCGCAACGAGGGUUAUUCCGGUGAUGAGGCCUUAAAAGAUGCCCAACGGAGCUAUGAUAUGAGUCAACUUGAGAAUACCCCGAAUACCUACAGGUCAACAAGAUUGUUCACUUCGCGCGAGCCGAAUUUACCGUUGCGAUCGUUAUAUCGCGAUCACGCUGAUCGUUCAGCUGAGUUUGAUUCAGCAGACCAUCCAGACCGUAGCAAACCAUCAAAGGCAUCCAGACACCUCGGCUAUCAUGCCCCAGAUAGCUCAAGCAUCUUGGAGAGAAGUACUGAUGCAGACAGUCUCGAUGACCAUUCGUGGUCAACCUCCUCCUUUGAUUACCAAAAAUCUAAUUUUGAUCAACCUUCUACUCCGAGUUACACAUCUUCCACGGAUGCGUUGAGUCCAAUACUAUGCGACAAAUGGCCAGUUGUACGAGUGGACAAUAUCUCUUGGGGUCAAACCGUCGAAGGUAUUUUGGAUUGGCUUCCGACUCAGGACUGUCUACCCCCUUCCGAACUAUGUCCACUUCCUAUACAUAUCCUUUGUACUCCUGCGGAUGGAAAGACGCUCAACUAUUGUUUCAUCGAGAUGCGGAACCUCGCAUCGGCGCAUCUAUUGGUAAGACACCGACAUGCCACGAAAUUGAAUACGAGACCUUGUUCUGUUGGGUUGACUUCCUUGAAAGAAUUACAUGAUAACAUUGUUCCAGAUUACUCUAAAGGGAUAAUGGCCACCGCGGAAGAGCUAUUGAGAUUAUGUGUGGCGAGCACUGUCAAGGACUUGAAGGCACCCGAACGCCCCUUUUUGCAUCUGGUCUCGAUCAUCUUACACUAUGCUGUCUUGCCAAAGAUUCAAAUCUACUCGGCGGCUCAUGGAAGUAACCAGUCAGGCGAAGAACAUACGCGGCAUGACAGAUUACGAAUGAUUUACGUUCUAGCGAUGCAGAGCUUGAUUUGGUCGUUUGUAGCGCAAUUUGGCCUUGUAGGCUUGCUCGACGAAGUCCCCAAUCUGAACCAGUGGAACAAUGGCCCCAUACGUGCAUCCAGGGACAACAGGUUUGGGUGCGUUGCCAAUCAUCCUCAAUGUGACCCAAGAAUUCGCCCAACGCACCUCGGAUUAAAGAAUCACCACCUUUUAUCACCAACUCAAAAUGAAAAUCAGAUAGAGGCCUUGCUGCACGAAAUCACCCACUCCCGAAUACCCAACAUGAAGGAUGGCGAAAACGCAUAUGCUUUCCUGUGA